UGUGGAUAAUACGUGGCAGAUUUCAUCAUCUUCUUUCCUUUGAUCCAAAAAUUUUUUUUUGUUCGUUUGGCUAAAAAAAAUGGCCAGUCCAAAAACUCGUCGAAUUUUAUCGGAUUUAAAACCAACACAAGAUAAUAAUUAUUGUUUUGAAUGUAAUGCACAUAAUCCACAAUGGGCAUCCGUUACUUAUGGUAUUUGGAUUUGUUUAGAAUGUUCGGGUAAACAUCGUAGUCUUGGUGUACAUCUUAGUUUUGUACGUUCAAUUACUAUGGAUAAAUGGAAAGAAAUUGAAUUAGCUAAAAUGAAAGUUGGUGGUAAUAAAAAAGCUAAAGAUUUUUUUAGUAAACAAAAUGAUUGGGAUGAUACUAUGCCAUUGAAUGAUAAAUAUAAUACACGUGCUGCAGCUCUUUAUCGAGAUAAAAUUUCCACUGAAGCUAAAGGUGAAAAAUGGUCUAUAGAAACAUCAAAUGCUGAAAAUUAUAUACCAAAAAAGAUAAUUUCAAAUUCAUCAUCAUCAUCAUCUACAACGAAUAAUUCAUAUCAAAAUCAAAAUCCAGGAACAGGUGGACGAGCAUUUGAAGAAAAUUGGGAAGAAAAUAGUUAUCAAAGUGGACCAAAUUUUGGUGGAUAUUCUGGUUUUGGUUGUAAUAUGAGAUCAUCUCAAUCCGAUUAUGGCAUAAAUUCUUGGGGAACAUUUUCAUCCACAUUCUCGAAUCUCACUUCAAACGCUACAAGAAUGUUAUCGCGUGCAUCGAAUGUAGCUACACAAAAAGUUUCUGAAAUAAGCGAUAAUGUUAAUGAUAAAUUAAAAGAUGGAAUCAGCAUCAACGAUAUACAAAGUCAAGUAACUGGAAUUGGAUCAAGAAUGGCCGAUAUAAGUCGUCGUGGUUGGCAAGAUAUAUCAAUGAUGUUUAAUAAACGUUCAUCAUCAUAUGCAGAUCCAAAUGAUUCAUUUAUAACAUCAAAUGAUAAUGGUUUUGGUAAUGGUGGUUAUACUGGUAGUUAUCAAAAUAAUGAAAAACGAAAUUCAUCAUCAUCAUCAUCAUCAGCGAUGCCCAAAUCGAACAGCAGCAACAACAACAAAACUGGUGGUAAUGAUUGGGAAGAAUGGUGAACCUUCUCGAACCUUCAAAAUACCUUUUUGAAAAAAUAAAUCGUGUGACCAAUAAAUUAUCUAAUUAGUUUUAACGAA